GCUCCCAGCUGCUUUAUGCGUCACUUCGUCUCCGAGCCGCGGAUCAUGGCGGAGCUGCAGCUCCAGCGGGAAGUGGAGCCGCAACUUCUCAAUGGGGACGACUUGAACGAGGAGCGGGAGGACGCGGACGCGUCGGAGUCGGCGAGGAAAAGGAGGAGGAAGAAGAAGAGGAAUAAGACCGCGGCGACAGUGUGUGACUUUGCAGCAGGGACGACUGAAGCUGAAGGGGACGGAGAAGCCGGGGGUGUCUCUGACAUGACCAAGCAGCUGGAGCAGCAGAUACUAGAGGACAGGGAGAAGGCUGACGAUGGAGAUGAAGAUGGGGACGAGGGAGAGAACUCCGCUGGGAAAAAGAAGAAAAAGAAAAAGAAGAAGAAAGGAUUGAAGGGACAGACUGACCCUCCCUCAGUCCCAAUUUGUGAGCUCUAUCCCAACGGAGACUUUCCAAAGGGAGAGGAGUGUGAAUACCCCCCAUCGAAAGACGGGCGCAGCGCGGCGUGGCGCACCACUAGCGAGGAGAAGCGGGCUCUGGACAUGGCCAACGAGGAGAUGUGGAGCGACUUCAGGCAGGCGGCCGAGGCCCAUCGGCAGGUCCGCUCCUACGUGAGGAGCUGGAUCAAACCGGGGAUGACCAUGAUCGACAUCUGCGAGAGGCUGGAGGACUGUUCCAGGAGGCUGAUCAAAGAGAACGGCCUGAAGGCCGGCCUGGCCUUCCCCACCGGCUGCUCCAUCAACCACUGCGCAGCCCACUACACCCCCAACGCAGGAGACCCCACGGUGCUGCGCUACGACGACGUCUGCAAAAUAGACUUUGGGACGCACAUCAAUGGUCGGAUAAUAGACUGUGCCUUCACCGUCACUUUCAAUCCAAAGUAUGACCGACUGCUGGAGGCCGUGAGAGACGCCACCAACACGGGCAUCAGGUUUGCUGGAAUCGAUGUGCGUCUUUGUGAUGUUGGCGAAACCAUCCAGGAGGUCAUGGAGUCCUACGAAGUGGAGAUCGAUGGGAAAACAUAUCAAGUGAAACCAAUCAGGAACCUGAAUGGACACUCGAUCGGACCUUACAGGAUACACUCAGGGAAGACGGUCCCUAUUGUGAAAGGCGGAGAAGCCACCAGGAUGGAGGAAGGUGAAACUUACGCCAUCGAGACCUUUGGCAGCACUGGAAGAGGUGCAGUGCACGACGACAUGGAGUGCUCGCAUUACAUGAAGAACUUCAACGUUGGACACGUGCCAAUAAGACUUCCAAGGGCUAAACAUCUGCUGAAUGUGAUCAAUGAGAACUUCGGCACUCUGGCGUUCUGCCGCCGCUGGCUGGACCGCCUGGGCGAGAGCAAGUACCUGAUGGCGCUGAAGAAUCUGUGCGACCUUGGCAUCAUAGACCCGUACCCGCCGCUCUGCGACAUCAAGGGCAGCUACACCGCCCAGUACGAGCACACCAUCCUACUCAGGCCCACCUGCAAGGAGGUAGUGAGCCGCGGAGACGACUAUUAGGCAUGCGGCGGCGUCCCAGGGGAGCCGGGAGGAGCAGGACGCCUCAGAGACACUGAAUCUCCUCAGACUGAGAGCAAUUAUGCAAUAUUUCAAUAAAUUCUUACUGCUUUGAUCCCUUUAGGUAAUUGUUUUAGCAAAAAAACUCGUGUCAUGGCGGUAGCUUGUUAGAGUCUAUUUAUUUUCUUUAAAGGAUCGAGCCAAUAGACAAAGGGCAUAUCUUUAA